GUUUAGCUAAAGGGUUAAGGGUUCGUCCAACUAAUAAAGUAAUCCCAAAAAUUACAUCCUCACCUAUCACCCUCACUAAAAAUCCAUUUCCCUGUCAGCGAAUAAAAAUAUUUAAAAAAGUAAAUAACAAAAUACUUAAAAUACACAAAUCAGUUUAUCAUAAAAUAGUUUCUCAUGCGCGUGUGUAAUUAAUUAGUGAAUAAAUUCGCGUGCAUGCGUGCGUGUCACUCCACACUCUUCAAUCUACAAUAUUAAAGAUAUAUCGGGGCGUGUACAUACAUAAUAAUUUAUAAUUAUAAUAAAAUAAUUAUAAAUUUAAUAAUUAUUUUAUAAAUAAUAUCAAUAAUGUUUAUUAUCAAUAAAUAUAUAUAAUAAUAUAUAAAUGUUACUAUGUGAUUAGUGUGUUAACAAAAACAAAAGUGUCUGUAUGUUUUGUGAUCGCGCGCAUGUUCAGCUUAUCGCCAUUUUGUAGGUAAAACAAUCUAGUUAAUUAGAGGAUGGACUGACAUGAGCUCACACGAGGCACAAGGUAAAAUUCUAUGAACUCACGUGGUGGUGCUGUUGUCGGUGGCGGUGGUGAACCAUCGGCAGUACCGAGACCCGGUAGUCUCAAGGACCCUGAGAUUGCCGAACUAUUUGAAAAAAAUGACCCGGAAAAAAUAUUUGAAGACUUGCGUGAAAUCGGACAUGGAAGCUUCGGUGCAGUUUACUACGCGAGGUGUUCGCUCACCAAAGAAAUUGUUGCUAUUAAAAAAAUGUCCUACCUCGGCAAGCAGACUGUCGAGAAGUGGCAGGAUAUUCUCAAGGAAAUAAGAUUUCUGAGACAGCUUAAUCAUCCGAACACCAUUGAAUACAAAGGAUGUUAUUUGCGUGAUCAUACAGCAUGGCUGGUAAUGGAAUACUGUCUCGGUUCGGCUUCUGACAUAAUAGAAGUCCACAAACGUCCGUUAAAAGAAGACGAGAUUGCAGCAAUAUGCGAAGGAGUAUUACGCGGAUUACAUUACCUCCACUCGCUGGGUAGAAUACACCGUGACGUAAAAGCUGGUAAUAUUUUAUUGACUGAAAAUGGUACUGUUAAACUCGCAGACUUUGGUUCCGCGAGUAUCAAAUGUCCAGCGAAUAGUUUUGUCGGCACUCCAUACUGGAUGGCGCCGGAAGUUAUUCUUGCUAUGGAUGAAGGACAGUACGAUGGAAAGGUUGACGUUUGGUCACUUGGAAUCACGUGUAUCGAAUUGGCGGAAAGAAAACCACCGUAUUUUAAUAUGAAUGCUAUGAGUGCGCUUUAUCAUAUCGCGCAGAAUGAUACACCGACGUUAAACUCACCGGAUUGGUCCGAUGUCUUUGGAUAUUUUGUUGAAGUUUGUUUAACUAAGAGUCCAAAUGAACGACCUUCGUCUGGUACAUUACUUGGACAUCCAUUUGUAACACGUACACGUUCCCCUCAAGUUUUAAUUGAUUUGAUUCAACGAACAAAAGCAGCAGUACGUGAAUUAGAUAAUUUAAAUUAUAGAAAAAUGAAAAAAAUAUUAAUGAUUGAUGCUUGUGAAACUGAAAGUGCUGCUGGUGAUGCUGAUGAUACACCUGAUGAACAAACAGGUGGUGACAGCAGUAAAAGUAAUUCGAUAACAUCCGAGCACUCGAUUCACUCAAUGGGUGUAUCCGCAAGUUCACAAAGUUCAUCAACAAAUAGCCUGCCACUGCCGAAUGCUGAUUCAAAUGAUUUUUCAUCUGGGUCCGUUCGUAAUCGUCACAAAGUAACGGGUGUCACUGCCAAUUUAAUAGAACAUGGUGCCAAUAAUUUUGCCACAAUCCGUACGACAUCAAUAGUUACUAAGCAACAGAAAGAACAUAUGCAAGAAGAAAUGCACGAGCAAAUGAGCGGGUACAAGCGUAUGCGACGCGAGCAUCAGGGCGCGCUCGUUAAACUUGAAGAGCGUUGCAAAAUGGAGGUCGAGUCACACAAACAAUUGUUGGACAAAGAGUACGAGACUUUGUUGCAACAGUUUAGCAAAGAACUGGAGAAGUUACAGUUCAGGCACUUGCAGGAGUUAGAACGUAAGUUGAAGCAGAAUCAAAAUGCCGAGAAGAAAUUACAGAAAGAAAUAAUUGGCCGUCAGGAGGCUGAUCGUAAAGCACUCGAGACACAACAGAAACGCGAGUACAAGGCUUACAAAGAACGAUGGAAGAAAGAAUUGUCUCAGGAUGAAGUAACACCCAAACGUCAGCGUGACGCGACAUUGCAAAGCCAGAAGGAUAAUUUGAGGCAGAUGGAAGCUCAAGAAGAGCAGCGACUUGCUCGUGGGCAACGCGAGUAUCUUGAUCUUGAGAUACGCAAAUUUCGUAGAAAAAAAUUGCUGAUAUUUCAUAGUCUUGAGCAGGAGUUGUUGCGCGAGGAAUUAAAUAAACGGCAACAGCAAUUGGAGCAAGCGCAUGCUAUGCUGCUGAGGCAUCAUGAGAAAACUCAGGAGCUGGAGUAUCGGCAGCAGCGGGCUGUACAUUCUUUGAGAGAGGAACAGAUACAGCGGCAACAUGCCACUGAGUUGUGUAAUCAACAGGAUUAUAUGCAGCGUGCGGAGCGUGAUUUGAGAAAAAAACAUGCCCUUGAAUUAAAACAACAGCCCAAGAGUUUGAAACAAAAGGAAAUGCAGAUUAGAAAACAAUUCCGUGAGACGUGUAAGAUUCAAACGCGUCAGUACAAAGCGCUCAAGGCACAGAUUUUACAGACAACUCCAAAAGAUGAACAGAAAACAGUAAUUAAGAAAUUGAAGGAGGAACAGCGACGCAAGCUCGCGUUGUUGGGUGAUCAGUAUGAGCAGAGCAUCGCUGAGAUGCUGCAGAAACAGAGCAUCAGACUAGACGAGUCCCAGGAGGUUGAGUGUCAUCAUCUGAAAGAACGGCUUAAUUAUGAGCUGGAGAUACUGAUGGCGUAUCAGUCGAAAAAUAAAAUGCAAGCUGAGGCACAGAGAAAUCGUGAGCGUCGCGAGUUAGAAGAUCGUGUUUCUGUAAGACGGGCUUUGCUUGAACAGAAAAUGGAACUUGAAACUCAGGAGUUUUUACAGGAACGCAGUGAGAGAAUACGUUUGUUGCAUGAAAGACAGGAACGUGAGUUGCAGCAGUUUGAUGACGAGAGCGCAAGAAUUGGUUUUAGUGCACUAGCAAUAGCCGAAGCAUCAAAAGAAUCUUAUCCAGACGAUGACAGUCUAAGUGGUUCCAUGUUGAGUUUAGCUCACAGCAAUAGCUCUACAUCUUUUCCUCCCAAUAGUCUUUAAUUAUUAAAAUUAAAAUUAAUAUUAAUAACAUUUAAAUAAACAUUAACAUUAUUAUUAUUAUUAAUACAAUAAUUAUAAAUAUAUAAUAAUAAUAAUAACUACAAUCAACAUCUUAUGGAUAUAAGACAUGUCUCCAAACGAGCCCACGUGACAUUAAUUUUAAAAAUAAUAUAGAAGACUACGUAAGUUUUAAUGUAUCAAAAAAUUUUUUUUAAUUUUAUCAAUACUGUCAAUGGCUAAGGUUUCCAGUAAAGAUAGUAUAUAUAUAUAUAGAUAUAGAUAUAUAUACAGAAAAAAAGGAUUUUUUUACCCAGAAAAUUUUUACUUGCCCCGAAAAUUUUUUUUUUAUUAUGAAUUGGAAUUAAAAAUUUUCUUGGGGCGUAAAAAUAUUUUCUUGAGGUGAAAAGAAAAUUCUCGAGCCAAGAAAUUUUUUUAUUGUCUUAAGAAAAAUUUUAUUUUCAUUUUUUAAUGCAAAGAUUUUCUUGGGGCGUGAAAAUAUUUUCUUGAGGUGAAAAGAAAAUUCUUGAGCUAAGAAAUUUUUUUUUAAUCCCAAGAAAAUUUUUAUUUUCAUUUUCAAAAUGCAAAAUUUUUCUGGCGCCAAGAAAUCUUUUUUUUUCUGUAUAUAUGUAGUAUAUAUAUAAUAUAUAUACUUCCUCAUACAACAAACGCCCAUUUUCAUUUACAUUUCUUAUUUAAAAAAAAAAAUUACUAAAUUAUUUACCUCAAUUUAUCAUUCCCCAUUAAAUUUUGUAUCUUAUACUCGAUAAUUUUUAAAAUUAAUCACCAAAUUGUGACAUUUAUCAUUAUUAUUUUAUUUAAAAAUCAAAAGCUUAAGCGCUUUAACGAAAUAAAGCAACGAUUUUAGUUAACUACUUUAAUUAAUUAAUUAAAAUUAAUAAAAAUCAGUAAACUAAUGAUUUAAAUUUAAAUUUGUCUUUAAGUGAAAUUAAAAUAAAUAUAUUUUUUCCAUGAUAAAUUAAAAUACUUAAAUUUGAUGUCACAAUCUGCUGAUUAAAUGACGUAAAAAAAAAAAUAAAAAUUAUAAUUAUAAUAACCAUGUAAAUAAUUUAUAAUUAAUUUAAAGUAUCAAUUGAUUAAGAGCUAGUGUAUGAAAGUCGAAGGGAAUAAUAAUAAUAAUUAAAUAUAAUUAAUAAUAAUAAUAAUUGUUUACACAUGAUAACAUUAAUAAUUAAAAACAAAAUAAUAUUUAUAUAAAUAUAUAAUUAUAUUUAAUUAUUUGUCAUUUGGCUAAAGAUUUAUUUGGUACAGCGACCAUAUUUUUUAGGAUCUGCUCCAAUAAUAUUAUAUAUUAAUAAUAAUAAUAAUAAUAAUAAUAAUAAUAAUAAUAAUAAUAAUAAUAAUAAUAAUAAAUUAAUUAAUUAAUUAAUAUCUAAAAAAUUAACAUUUGUUUGUAUUAUAAAGGAUCGCUACGAGUAUAUCAACCAUUAAAUAGAUUAAUAAUUAAUGACUUCGGUAACAAAACAUAAUUAAUUACUAGAAAAUAUUAAAUAUAAUCAGUAAUAGUAAUUAAUAGUUUAAUUAAUUGAUAAAUAUUAUUUUAUAUUAUUAUUAUAAUAAUAAUAAUAAAUAACAUUAUUGCACUUUGCUAUUAUUGCCGAUAAUAAGUUUAGUAAAAUAAAAAAAAAAAUAAAAAUGAAACAUAAUUUUUUAAUUGUUGGCAUUUUAAAAUAUUCGGUAGACUUAAUUUAAAUAUUAGAUUAUUUAAACAAAAUAAUAAUUAUUAUAAUUAAUAAGUAAUUAAAAUUUAAAUGAAGCUUAAAUGUUUUUUAUCCAAAGCACGAUUAAAUAAAAAAAGGGAGUAAUGCAUCCGCUGGGCGUAUGAUUAUAAGUACACUGUAAAAAAUUAGUGGAGUGAACAUGAAGUCAAUCUGGAGUUAAUACGGAGUGGAUGACUUUUUAUUUAUUUUAUACCCUCGGAGUUAAAUUUAUUACGAAGGGAAGUUCAAUUUAAUAUUUAAAUUCCGGUUUGAAGUUAAAUUUACUCCUAAAAAGAGUUUACUUUAAUAUCAAAACUCCGAAUCAGAGUCAAUGCGGAUUUAGAUAAAAUCAAGACACUCCGCUUAGAAAACUGACUCCUUAUUUACUCCAAGACUCCGAGUAAAUACGGAGCAGAUGACUCUUUAUUCAUUUAAUCCCUUCGGAGUAAAUUUAACUCCUAAAAAGAGUUUACUUUAAUAUCAAAACCCCGAAUCAGAGUCAAUGCAGCUUUAAAUAAAAUCACUCCGCUGAAAAAACAAGCUCCUAAAUAAGGAAUAAAUAACUCCGAGACUCUGAGUGAACAUGGAUCGGAUGACUGUUUAUUUAUUUGAUCCCCUCGGAGUUAAUUUAACUCCUAAAAAGAAUUUACUUUCAUAUCAAAACUCCGAACCGGAAUCAAUGCGGAUUUAAAUAAAAUCAAGACACUCCGCUUAGAAAACUAACUCCUUAUUUACUCUUAGACUCCGAGUGAAUACGGAGCAGAUGACGCUUUAUUCAUUUAAUCUCUUCGGAGUUGAAUUCACUACAAAGGGAAGUCCAAUUCAAUAUUCAAAUUCCGGUUCAAAUUUAAAUCAUUUCCUAAAAGAAGUUUACUUUAAUAUUAAAACUCUGAACCGGAGUAAAUGCAGAUUCAAAUAAAAUCCAGAUCAUUUCCCUGAAAAAACAAACUUCUUAUUUACUCCGUAUGCAUACUGAUUUUUUUUUACUCCAGACUCUGAGUAAAUUAGAAUUUAAAUAAAAUCCGUAAUCACUUCCCAAUUUUUUACAGUGUAAUUAUUAAUUACUAUCAAUAAUUAAUAAUAAAAUGUUGUUUUUUUUUUAAAUUUGCCUUCCACAUUGACCAUGGGCUCUUCCAAAGGCAAUUAAAAUUGUCAAUUAACAUUAAAAUUAAUGAAUAAUUAUAAAACAUUUAAGUAACUAAAUAACUAUUGUUUUUAAAAGACGAUUUAAUAUACGGAUGAGUUUUAAAAUGAUGAAUUUUUUUGUUUAAAUUGUAAUUUUUCACUAAAAUUAUUUAUAAUUAUCAUUAUCAUACGUAUUUUUAACGCGCGACCAAUUUCUUACUCAUUAAUUAUUAUUUAUAAUGCGGUUAAUUAAAAAUUAAAUCGCACAUGAUCUGAGAGAUUAAAAAAAGUAGAAAGGAUUGAACACGAUGAGAUUUUUUUAAAUAUUUUAUUAUAUUUAUUAAUAAUUAAUUAUAUAUUAUUAUUUACUAAUUAAUUAGUUGAUAUUUUAUAUACCAAUUAAUAUACACAUUGAAUUGUUAAUGCAAUUCUUUAAUUCAAAAUCAAAUAAAUUUUUUCUGUUUUGUUAUUAAGUGUAUAAUUAGAAAUAUAUAUAAAAAAAAAUAAUAAUAAGUAUUUGCGUAGUAAUUGUGAUAAGAAUGUUACUUUUAAUGACUCGUUUGGAUAAAUUUAAAAAAGCAAUAGCUUUUUUUUAAGCUGCUUUUUUAAAACUGAUAAAUCAUUUUUAACAAAAAUAAUAAUAUUUAUAUAUAAAUAUAUAUAUAAAAAAUAAUAAUUAUAAACAAUAAAAAUUUUAUUGAGUAGGUGAAAAAUUUGUGGGUUUUAAAAUACGACUGUGCAUUUCACGUAUAAGUGGCACUGUGUAAGCAACACAUUCGUCCCAUCCUGGUGAUCUCCAUGCGCUUUCACGAGUUUCUCUUCUUGCUUGUAGAUCUUUAUAGCCUGAUUAUUUUAAAUAAAUAUUUUUAAUUAAUA